AUGGUUGUUCUGCCUUCAUGCCACAAGAAAUGGGACAUCAAUUGUACUAAAAUCCUACAGGGAAACAAGGAGGAGAUCCGACGUUCGGUCAGACUGCUUAAUGUUUGGCGCCUCGAUCCCAAGCGACCGACAGAUCCGUUCAUGCCAUCGGAUAACGAGGUACGGACAUGGACGCAUGACUGUGAUGUAUUCAAGAGAGCUAGACACUACCGGAGACAACCCACGUCUGUGGAAGAAGCUGACUUUCCCAUGGCUUAUAUCAUCGUAGUCCAUCGCGGUUCCGCCCAAGUGGAACGACUAUUGAAGGCGAUCUAUCAACCCCAAAAUAUUUACUGCAUACACCCAGAUCGGAAAGCACCGGGCGAUUUUAAAAGCGCCAUCAAGGGGCUCGCGGAUUGUUUCGAAAACGUGUUCGUUGCUUCGAGGACAGAGAGUGUAAUUUACGCGGGAUACACGAGGCUAUUGGCAGAUGUGAACUGUAUGAGAGACCUGAUUGGACAAAGGGCUUCUGGUUAUGCCUGGAAGUACGUCAUCAAUUUAUGUGGUCAAGACUUCCCCUUGAAAUCCAACCUGGAGAUUGUGAAAAAGUUGAAAUCGUACAACGGACAUAAUGAUAUCUCGGGAAGUGAGCCAUCGGGCGGGAAGCGGCUCCACACGACAUACCGUUAUGUUGAUAAACCAGGAGGACCCCAUAGGACCGAGGAGCGUAAACCCUCUGCUCCUCACAACAUACACCUGAGAACGGGUAUAGCUUAUUACAUUGCCACGCGGGCUUUCGUGCACUACGUCCUGACAAAUCAAACUGCCAUAGAUUUUUUGGAGUGGACCAACGGUACGUACAGUCCGGACGAGACCUACUGGGCGUCACUUCAGCAGGUAGCCGGAACUCCAGGUGGACGGUACCAGCCACCGGGCGGCUCGGUCAUCCGUUUCAUUCGCUGGUACGGUAAAUCGCCUUAUCCAAGGUGUCGCGGGAAAAUGAUCAGAAUGGUGUGUGUCUUCAGCAUGGGAUAUACGCAGCAUCUAACAAAAGUGAAACAUCUUUUUGCGAAUAAAUUUGACUAUGCGUUCGAUCCAAUCGCGCUGCAGUGCAUAGAGGAGGCUUUCGAGUUUCGAACUCUGCAUCCGGGUGCACCAAACUAA